AUGUCAUCCACUAAUAAUAACCAACCCAAGCGUCGACCUAUCAAUGAUCCUAAUAUUUCUACAUAUUAUGAUGAUUUACUUGAUUUAUGUAUAAGUCCACAGCUUCGAAAAACGGUUUACGCAUUCAUUGGGGCAACAAUAGCAUUUAUUCCUGGCGCUAAACCAAUGUGGAUAUUCAAAAAACAAGAUAUUAGAGGAGGAAUGCGAUAUGAUUACGGCCCAAAUCAUGGAGUAGGAAGACAAUUCAAGAUAAAAAUAAAGAGUGAUGCAGAUGAUGAAACUG